UGACCAUGCAGCAGCAACUGUAGUAACAGAUGGCAAAGACGCCGGAUCAGGAAGAGCAAUACCGAGGAUCCAAGCAGCCGGAAAACGGCAGCGCCGCCGGCAACAAGGCCGACGAAGAGGAAUCAUCUCCGAUUGAACAAGUCCGGCUGACCGUAUCGACAACCGACGACCCCAAUCUUCCGGUAUGGACGUUCCGGAUGUGGUUCCUAGGGCUUCUAUCCUGUGCCCUAAUGUCCUUCCUGAACCAGUUCUUCGCCUACCGAACGGAGCCUCUUGUCAUCACGCAGAUCACCGUUCAGGUGGCCUCUCUUCCGGCUGGGCAUUUCCUCGCUCGUACCCUGCCGCAGGCGAAGUUCCGGCUUCCUGGAUUCGGCGAUCAGGAGUUCUCGCUCAAUCCGGGGCCGUUUAACAUGAAGGAGCAUGUCCUGAUCUCGAUCUUUGCGAACGCUGGGUAUGCUUUUGGAAACGGAAACGCAUAUGCUAUUGGGAUCGUUAACAUUAUCAAGGCGUUCUAUAAGCGGAACAUCUCGUUCCUGGCUAGCUGGAUUCUUAUCAUCACUACGCAGGUGCUGGGGUACGGAUGGGCGGGGCUGAUGAGGAAGUACGUGGUGGAGCCGGCGCAUAUGUGGUGGCCGAGCACGCUGGUUCAGGUGUCGCUUUUCCGGGCAUUGCAUGAGAAGGAAGACCACCGCUUCUCCCGAGCCAAGUUCUUCGUAAUCGCAUUGAUCUGCAGCUUUGCUUGGUAUGCAGUCCCUGGCUACUUAUUCCCUACCCUGACUAGUAUCUCCUGGGUCUGCUGGGCAUUCUCCAGGUCUGUCACUGCUCAGCAAAUCGGCUCGGGCAUGAGAGGCCUUGGCCUUGGGGCCAUUACACUGGACUGGUCCGCCGUCUCCUCCUUCCUCUUCAGCCCUCUCGUCUGCCCAUUCUUUGCCAUUGCCAAUGUUUUUGUUGGAUAUUUUCUCGUUGUCUACAUAACAAUGCCAAUCGCUUAUUGGGGCAUGAACGUUUACAAUGCCAAGACCUUUCCAAUAUUUUCCUCCCAUCUCUUCACAAGAGAAGGGCAGCCCUACAACAUUAGUGCUAUUGUGAACAACAAGUUUGAGAUUGACAUGAAUGCUUAUCAGGAGCAGGGAAGGAUUAACCUGAGUAUGUUCUUUGCAUUGACAUAUGGAUUUGGCUUUGCCACUAUUGCUGCUACGCUUACACAUGUGGCCUUCUUCUAUGGAAGGGAGAUCUAUGAUCGUUUCCGUGCUUCAUAUAAAGAAAAGGAGGACAUACAUACAAAGCUGAUGAAGAACUAUGAGGACAUACCAGAAUGGUGGUUUCACUUAUUACUUGGAUUCACUGUUGCAAUUUCUUUGAUCCUAUGCACAGUCCUGAAAGACCAAGUUCAACUUCCAUGGUGGGGGCUCUUCUUUGCCUGUGCCAUGGCCUUCUUGUUUACUUUACCCAUCAGCAUCAUAACCGCAACUACAAACCAGACUCCAGGGCUGAAUAUCAUCACAGAAUACGUAAUGGGACUUAUCCUACCUGGGAAACCAAUUGCAAAUGUCUGCUUCAAAGUUUAUGGAUACAUGAGCAUGUCCCAAGCAGUUGCUUUCCUCUCAGAUUUCAAGCUCGGUCAUUACAUGAAAAUCCCUCCAAAAUCCAUGUUCCUUGUUCAGUUUGCUGGCACCAUUGUUGCUGGAACAAUCAACCUCGGUGUUGCAUGGUGGCUUCUGGGCUCAAUUAAGAACAUAUGCCAGGACGAGCUCCUACCGCCAAACAGCCCCUGGACUUGCCCCGGUGACCGUGUCUUCUUCGACGCAUCCGUAAUUUGGGGCUUGGUAGGCCCGAGACGGAUUUUCGGUUCGCUCGGCAACUACGGUGCUUUGAACUGGUGUUUUCUGGUCGGUGCAGUUGGCCCAAUCAUAGUCUGGCUCUUCCACAGAGCAUUCCCUCAUCAAUCAUGGAUCCCACUCAUAAACCUUCCAGUUCUUCUUGGAGCUACAGCCAACAUGCCUCCAGCUACUCCACUCAACUAUAACGUUUGGGUCAUUGUUGGAACAAUCUUCAACUUCUUCGUCUUCAGGUACAGGAAAAAAUGGUGGGUAAGAUACAAUUACAUCCUUUCUGCAGCACUGGAUGCAGGAGUUGCGUUCAUGGGGGUCCUGCUGUACUUCAGUUUAAGCAUGGAGAACUACAGUCUGGACUGGUGGGGCACUAGAGGUGAGCACUGUGAUCUUGCAACUUGCCCCACCGCGAAAGGAGUGAUUGUCGAUGGCUGCCCUGUGUUUUAAACACUUGCAUAUUCCUUUAAGAAUUGCCUUCUUUCUUUGACAAAUGCUGCUCAGGCCAAACUUUUUUAUUCAAUGAAGUGCUGACACUUCAAAUUUUUUGGCUGAGUAGCAUUUCUGUUCUUCUUAUCUUGAAAAUGUCCUGUAUAAAAAACUUUCAGUUUGUGUUUUUUUACAUUGCUUUUCAUGCAUGUUUGUUUCCUUAACUGUAGCUCAAUAAAAAAGAGCUGCUUAAAUGAAUAUUAUGUAUUGAUGUCUUCAUUGAAUGAUAUAUAUAUAAAGUUAAGUUUCAGCUA